CCCCAGCAUGGCUGAGGGAAGCUACCGCAUGGAAUCGGAAACCUACAACGUGGAAGACAUGGAUGAGGGAAGUGAUGAAGUCGGGGAGGAGGAGAUGGUUGAAGGAAACGACUAUGAAGAAUUCGGUGCUUUUGGAGGCUAUGGCACCCUCACCAGCUUUGACAUCCGUAUCCUCAGAGCCUUUGGGAGCUUGGGUCCAGGCCUUCGCAUCUUAUCGAACGAGCCCUGGGAACUGGAAAACCCUAUGCUGGCUAGGACUCUGAUGGAGGCAUUUCAGCUGGACCCAGAAACACUUGCCAAUGAGGCUGCUGCCCGUGCUGCCAACGUAGCCCGCGCGGCCGCCUCCAACCGUGCUGCUAGGGCUGCCGCCGCUGCUGCCCGUGCCACCUACAAUCAGGUGGUCACUAACCGCCCGGUGGCCACAGACCAGGCUUCAGGAGAAGAUACCCAGCCCAUGACCUAUGCGGCCCAGGCUCAAGCAGCCACCCCUGAGACAACCCGUGCUGCUCCGCUCAUCUCCCAGAUGCUAGUCAACAGUGAGAUGGCCGCCCCGGGGGCUCCGGCUACGUCCACACAGCCCCAGACAGCCUCCCAGGCCCAGGAGGCCGCUACCGAGGGCCCUAGUACUGCCUGUGCUUUUGCUCAGGCUCCAUGUGCUAACGAGAUGGAGGCCUCCCGGCCCAAGACAGCCUUCCUGGGUCAGAACGACGUCUUUGAUUUCACCCAGCCGGCAGGUGUCAGUGGCAUGGCCUUCCCACGCCCCAAGAGACCCGCCCCAGCCCAAGAGGCUGCCCCAGAGGGCCCCAGUGCUGCCUCCUCGGGGGUGGCCCAGGCAGCACCUGCCAGGGAGGGGGCAGCCACCCGGCCCAAGACGACCAAGUCCGGAAAGGCUCUCGCCAAGACUCGGUGGGUGGAGCCUCAGAAUGUUGUGGCAGCAGCUGCCACCAAGGCCAAGAUGGCCCCAAGCAUCCCUGAGCCCGAGGGUGCAGCUGCCACCGCUCAGCACAGUGCUGAGCCCUGGGUCAGGAUGGGAGGCAAGAGGACCAAGAAGGUGAGACCUCCUUGCUCCCUCCAACCCCCCGUUGCUCCCCUCCUUUCUUUGCUCAGUCCUCUUCUCUGCCCCCUCCUCCCCCCUCCCUCC